UCAUGGGCGCAAACAUUUUACAGACGGAAUAUCCCAUAUUUAAGCUGCUGAUACUUCUAACAUAUUUUUCGAAUACUAUCAUUUGUGAAACGGGAGACUGUAGAGAACAAGAGUUCAGAGAUCAUGACGGAAACUGUGUGCUGUGCAAACAGUGUGGACCUGGAAUGGAACUGUCAAAGGAAUGUGGUUUUGGAUAUGGGGAGGAUGCCCAGUGCAUGACAUGCAGGCCGAACAGAUUCAAGGAGGACUGGGGCUAUCAGAAGUGCAAAACGUGUUUGGACUGCGCUCUAGUAAACCGAUUUCAGAAGGCCAAUUGUUCUGCUACCAGCAAUGCUGUUUGUGGAGAUUGCUUACCAGGGUUCUACAGAAAGACAAAGCUUGGAGGCUUUCAAGAUAUGGAGUGCGUUCCUUGUGGAGACCCACCGCCUCCUUAUGAACCUCACUGCACUACAAAAGUGAAUCUGAUAAAAAUCCCGUCAACUGCUUCCAGCCCGCGAGACACGGCCCUGGCGGCUGUGAUAUGCAGUGCUCUGGCCACUGUACUCCUGGCCCUCCUCAUCCUGUGUGUGAUCUAUUGCAAAAGGCAGUUUAUGGAAAAGAAGCCAAACUGGUCUGUGAGAUCGCAGGACAUUCACUAUGAAGGCUCUGAACUAUCAUGUUUCGACAGACCACACCUUAAUGUCUAUCCUCACAGAGCCUGUUGCCAGUGCCAACGGGACAUGUGUGGCCCAGUGCAUCUGAUUCCCUCCUUGUGCUGUGAUGAUACUUGCAGCCUGGAGCACAGCUGCCGGAAUUGUCCUUUUCACUCUCAGACUACGCUUCAUGAAAGGAAUACAAAUUCUGUUGGUGAAAUGAUUCCAGCAUUCCUCGGUUCCCUUUCACUCUCUACCUGUGGAGAACUUUCAGACGCUUGGCCCCUUAUCCAAAAGCCAGGUUGUUGUGACAGCAUCUCUUUCUGUGAAUCAUAUCCUGAGCUAACAGGAGAAGAUGAAAAUUCUUUCAGCCUAGAGACUGAGAAAAACAUUAUGGAUUCAAAUAAUGACCGGGACUUAAAUCUAUUCAUGUCUACGAAGUCUCAUUUUAGAAGCCUGGCAGAGUCAGUCGAACUUCCGCCCAAAACAUACUGUACUACUACUUCAUUAAAUCAGAUGUUAGCUCCUGAACCAUUGUCAGCAACAGAACAGGAUGGAGCAGCUAACAAUUCCAGAAAUUGAUGGCCAGGAAUCUAAAGGACCUUUUCUGGUCCGCCCUCAAACUGAAUGCUUCCCACCACUACAUGCCUUUCUUCUAAUGCUUGCGAAUGGAAUGUGGCCUGGAUGUCAAAGAUAUAAGGCUUCAGAAGCAGCUGAAAU